AGGUCUUCAAGCAGCUCAGCAUGCAUGUGGGCAGCGGGGCCCUGGCCCCCCUGAGCCUCAGGAAGGCAACACAGUGCCUGGUGAGUGGCCGUGGCAGGCCAGUGUGAGGAGGCAGGAGGUCCACAUCUGCAGCGGGUCCCUGGUGGCAGACACCUGGGUCCUCACUGCUGCCCACUGUUUUGAAAACUCCCAGGACCCUAAGGAAUCUGUGCCUGCGUCUAAUCAGCCGCCCCACUUGUAACUGUCUCUACAACCAGUUGCAUCAGCGGCUACUGGCUAGCCCAGCCCAGCCUGGGAUGCUGUGUGGGGGCACCCAGCCUGGGGUGCAGGGACCCUGUCAGGUCUGAUGGGAGGACAGGGGAAAGAAGCAGAAGGGGAGGGGGCCUAGUCUGGGUCUGGGCACUCAAUCCACAGGCAUGGGUGGAAGGGCCACUGUUGGAGGGUGUCUGCCCAAAGCUGAGGCUCAGGCUUCUGUCUUUGACUCCGCUGCCUGGCUCCAGGGAGAUUCCGGAGGCCCUGUGCUCUGCCGUGAGCCUGAUGGGCAGUGGAUUCAGGCUGGGAACAUCAGUUUCACAUCAAGCUGUGCCCAGGAAGACACUCCUGUACUGCUGACAGACAUGGCUGCUCACAGCUCCUGGCUACAGGCUCGAGCUCAGGAGGCAGCCUUCCUGGCCCAGAGUCCAGAGAUCCUGGAGAUCAGUGAUGAGGACAGCUGUGUAGGUAGGAGCAGGGGGUUGUCAGGAGUGGAAUAUGUGAGGAUACCCAGGCCUGCCUGAGGACUUCUCGGCAGCAGGUGGAAGCCACAGUGAAACAAAUUUCAGCUUGGAAUAGAGAAUUGAUACAGGGCAUCCACCCUGCAAGGAGCUAUCUAGGCAGCUUUUAAAGCCCCUUUCAGCUCCUACGAUAGGAACAACCCCAUUUAGGGCUGAAAGGCACAGAUGCUUCAGAAUCUUAGGUGUUUCAAGUUUAGGUAACAAGAGGAAUCUCUGAGAUCUGGCUAGAAGUUUUUGUGAUAAGCAGCAAGUUCCCAAGCAGAGACCUGAUGAGAUUGGACAAGGCAGGGCUCCUUCAAAAUUCUGGCAGGAAAAUGACUAACAUGCAAACUGAAUGCAAAAUAAUUCCUGGGACAGAAGCAAUCUAUGUCUUGAUGGUAAGAGAAGCACUAGUGAGCCAGGAUUUCUGGGACCAGUCCAAGCUCACAGGGGUGCAAGACAGGUGGGGUAGGAUAACAAUAAGCUGGGCCACUCCCAUGAAGCUGGACCAUCAGGGUUAAAAGCUUAGGCCCUGGCUUUUGAAUCCCAAGUCAGCUACUUACCUGUAGUUACUGAGCUAGAAAGUCACUUAACCUCUCUGGAACUUCAGUUACCUUUGGUAACACCGGUUACCAAAGGCCUUGACAUGCAGUGAGUGCUCAGUAAGAAGGCAGACGAUGUAAUCCAUGUGUUUCAGCUUGUGGAUCCUUGAGAGAGGGUCUCCAGGCAGGAGCCCCCUUCCCAUGGCCCUGGGAUGCCAGGCUGAAGCACCAGGGGAAGCUGGCCUGUGGUGGAGCCCUGGUGUCAGAGGAGGUGGUGCUGACUGCUGCCCACUACUUCACAGGGUGAGCCCUGGCUCCCUCACCUUUGUGUCCCAUCCUUGCUGGCAAACUUGCCACCCAACGCUGUCUCUGCACAGGCGCCAGACCCCAGAGGAAUGGAGAAUUGGGUUGGGGGCUGGACCAGAGGAGCGGGGCCUAAAGAAACAUCCUACAUGGGGCUUAUACACACCCGGAAGGGGGCUAUGAUGUGGCCCUCCUACUACUGGCCCAACCCGUGACACUGGGCCCCAGCCUCCGGCCCCUGUGCCUGCCUUAUGCUGAUCACAACUUGCCUGAUGGAGAGCAUGGCUGGAUUCUGGGGCUGGCCCAAGGAGCAGACACCAGCUUCCCUCAGACAGUGCCUGUGACCCUCUUGGGGCCCAGGGCCUGCAGCCGCCUGCAUGCAACCCUUGAAAGUGAUGGCAUCCCCAUCCUGCCAGGGAUGGUGUGUACCAGUGUUGUGGGUGAGCCACCCCACUGUGAGAAAAGCCCUGUCCAUCAAGGCCAUGGAGGUGGAGUCUGUGGAGGCCCGGUCCCCAGGCCCUGGCUACAAGCGCUCUGGUCGCCGCUACAAGUGCCUGUCCUGUACCAAGACGUUUCCAAAUGCACCCAGGGCAGCGCGCCAUGCUGCCACACAUGGGCCUGUAGACUCUGCAGAGGAGGUGUCUGAGGUGAAGCUGAAGCCGGAGGCAGAACCCAAAACAGAGGAUGCCAGUGGGGACAAGAUGUCAGGUACAACGGCUAAGCCUCGGCCCUAUGCAUGCCCGUUGUGCCCCAAGGCCUACAAAACGGCACCCGAGCUGCGCAGUCACGGACGCAGCCAUACAGGUGAGAAGCCUUUCCCAUGCCCCGAGUGCGGCCGCCGCUUCAUGCAGCCCGUGUGCCUGCGUGUGCACCUAGCCUCGCACGCUGGCGAGCUGCCCUUCCGCUGCACCCACUGCCCCAAGGCCUAUGGUGCGCUCUCCAAGCUCAAAAUUCACCAGCGGGGUCACACUGGCGAGCGGCCCUAUGCCUGCGCAGACUGCGGCAAGAGCUUCGCUGACCCUUCGGUGUUCCGCAAGCACCGGCGCACACAUGCUGGCCUGCGGCCCUACGGCUGCGAGCGCUGCGGCAAGGCCUACGCCGAGCUCAAGGACCUGCGUAACCACGAGCGGUCCCACACUGGCGAGCGCCCCUUUCUCUGCUCAGAGUGCGGGAAGAGCUUCUCCCGCUCGUCCUCACUCACGUGCCACCAGCGCAUCCAUGCGGCUCAGAAGCCCUAUCGCUGCCCCGCCUGUGGCAAAGGCUUCACGCAGCUCAGCUCCUACCAGAGCCACGAACGCACUCACUCCGGCGAGAAGCCCUUCCUGUGCCCACGCUGCGGCCGCAUGUUCUCCGACCCCUCAAGCUUCCGGCGCCACCAGCGGGCGCACGAGGGCGUGAAGCCUUACCGCUGCGAGAAGUGCGGCAAAGACUUCCGGCAGCCGGCGGACCUGGCCAUGCACCGGCGGGUGCACACAGGUGACCGACCGUUCAAGUGCCUGCAGUGUGACAAGACGUUCGUGGCGUCCUGGGAUCUCAAGCGCCACGCGUUGGUGCACUCGGGCCAGCGGCCUUUCCGCUGUGAGGAGUGUGGACGAGCCUUCGCCGAGCGAGCCAGUCUCACUAAACACAGCCGGGUGCAUUCGGGUGAGCGGCCCUUCCACUGUAAUGCCUGCGGGAAGUCCUUUGUGGUCUCGUCAAGCCUGAGGAAGCAUGAGCGGACCCAUCGAAGUAGUGAGGCCGCAGGAGCUCCCCCGCAACAGGAGCUGGUAGUGGGACUGGCACUGCCUGUCAGUGUGGCAGGUGAGGGCUUAGUGGCCCCGGCAGCAGGUGCAGGGCUAGGGGACACUCCAGCAGGGCUUCUCGGGCUGCCCCCGGAAUCAGGUGGUGUAAUGGCCACCCAAUGGCAGGUGGUGGGCAUGACGGUGGAGCAUGUGGAGUGCCAAGAUGCUGGGGUUGGAGAGGCUCCUGGUCCCUUGGAAGGGACUGGCGAGGCAGGUGGUGAAGAGGUUGACGAGAAGCCACCACAGUUUGUGUGCCGGGAGUGCAAGGAGACCUUCUCUACGCUGACAUUACUGCGACGGCACGAGCGUUCACACCCAGAGCUCCGGCCCUUUCCCUGCACCCAGUGCGGCAAGAGCUUCUCAGACAGAGCUGGGCUGCGGAAGCACGGCCGCACCCACAGCUCUGUGCGCCCCUACACCUGCCCUCACUGCCCCAAGGCCUUCUUGAGUGCCAGCGACCUGCGCAAGCAUGAGCGCAUUCACCCUGUGCCCACUGGGAGCCCCACACCUCUUGAGCCCCUUGUGGCUUUGCUAGGAAUGCCUGAGGAGGGGCCAGCCUGAGGCCCAUGCCCCCUCAGCCGCACUCCCAGGAGCCCAGCCCUCACAAGUUGCCUCCUAAACCUCCUUUUGCCCAGCUUACUCUUUAGACUCCAGAUCCCUGCCCCCCAUGCAGCUAGUUCACUUUCCUAACAGAGCUAGGGACAGUGGAGGCUGGCAGCAGCUGUUGAGAGACAUGGCUUCUCUGAGCAAUACUCAUUAAAGCAUUCACUUUGACAUUGGGUUGCCUUCUGUGUUCUGGCUGGGGGUAAGGGAGUUGGAGUUGGGGUAUCCGAUAAGGUUCAAUGGAGACCCCUGGAUUGGCAGAUUAGAAACUAUAACAGCCUUUGUGUUCAUUGUUUCUGGAAGUGUUUGAAGAAUAUCUUGUAACAAAGGAUUCUACAGUCUAGUAAGUACAGGAAAUUCCCUACAUCCUUCUUGGGCAUUCUUGGUAAUCAAAAAUGUUAAUCAAAAGUGUAUUAAAGUCAUUGAUAAGUUCUACAAUGAACAAAUCUAUUUAGCUUUGUUUAGCUUAUAGUUAUUUGACCAUGGAAUCUUUUAAGUACUGAGUAGUUCUAUCCUUUUACAGAUAAUAAAUUGAAGCCCAAAAUUAGUGUAUUUCCUAUAUACAGUAACAGAUUAGAAAAUAAACUUGAGGGGGGGGAGAGUCCCACUCCUAAUAACAACAAAACCCAUAAAUUACAAAGAAAUAAACCUUAAAAGAAACAUGGAAGACUUACAUGAAGAAAAUGAUACCUGUCCUGAAGGUUGUAAGACCUAACCAAAUGGAGACACAACCCAUGUACCUGAAUGGAAAGACAUUAAAAGAUGUUGAUUCUCCCUAGUUUAAUCCUUGAGUUCAUUGCCACCAAAAAGGAUUUUCUUAAACCUUGAAAACCCAAAGUUCUUAUGCAAUACUUUCUUUUUUUAAACAGUGGAAGUGAUGUAUUUGACAUACUAAAUAAACACCACAGCACAAUAAACACCACAGAACAGGAGUAAAAACAGGAUAUUAUUGGCAUAGGAAUAAAUUAAUUUAUGGAGUGGGGAAGAAGGUUUAGAGACAACCCUGACUAUUUCUGGGAAUUUAUGAUAAAUAUGAUUAUUCAAAUCAGUGGGAAAGGUUAGGCUGUUAAAUAACUCUAUAGAUAUAUCCAUACUUGAGAAAGCUACAGAACUUGUGAGUAAUUUUUCAGUGGCCAAAAGAUAAAAAGAGGCCCUACAUUUAGUGUAAAUUGGUACCAGCCUCUUGGGGAAGAUGCUUUCAUCAUGUUUAUCGAAAAAAUGACAUCCUUUAACUUGACAAGUACAUCUCAAAGAAUUUACACCACAGAUUUCUUUUUCCACUUCCAUGGCAAGAUUAAAGAUAAAAAAUGUUCAGUGAGGCAAAAUUUGUGAUACUGUAACUCCCUAAAUGUCCAUUACAAAAGACUAAUAACGCUAGCCACUGUAAAAUAUAUUAUGAAGCUGUUUUUUUUUAAAAAUCAGGCUUAUCAAUCUAUGCUGUUGAAAGAUAGCUAAAAAAUAUGUCAAGUGCGAAAACCAAGAUGCAAAGCAGUGUGGUUAGUAUGCUCCCAUUUGGGCCUAAUUACCCAUAAAUGCUCAAAUUCCUAGAGACUGUUUCUAGAAGGCUACUCAAGAACUGAUUCUGGUUUAUAAAUUCCAGUCACUAGGGCCUUAAGCAUUUAUAAGCUGAAACAAAGCCAAAGGUCAGAGUAAAGCUGAUCCUUCUUUUCAUGCUCGUAUCUUCUCUAGACUUGGGGGCCACCAAUUUGGCAGCCCGGAGAAGUGACAAGAGUGCAGCUUAUCUCCAGGCCCACAUGCCAGUCAUGGGGCACUUGGCAGCAGUUGGCCUUUGCCUAGGACAGUUUACCAGGUAGCAGCAGGAACAGAAGUAGCAGAUAUUCCCCUGAUGUCAGGAACCUCACUCAGUGUUGUCAUGUUCAGGCCCUCAUUCCACUUCUCCAUAGCAGAAUAAGGGGCCAAUGUGCCAUGACUGCAGGAAGAGGGCACCAGUUUGGCCAAGGACAUUCACUAUCCAUACCCAUACCCAGAACAAGACAAGCACUGACUGCAGGCCUCCUGCUUGCCCAGGCUGGGACCAAAAGUCUGAAGGGCGGCUCCAGCAAAAAAUCAGAGACUGGACUAGAGGAUUAGAAGCAGGGGAACUUUGGUUACUACGAACUUGCUUUGUGACUUUGAGCAAGAUGAUUCCUCUGGUAUGAGGAGGCACCUUUUUAAAAUUGGUUCAAAGAUACCAUAUACACUAAUCAACAGAUACCACUGGGGAUCCAUCUGCAGUGAAGAACGAGUGGGUCCUCUGGAUGUUCAGAAGGUAACCCCAACCUCUGCUCCCUUUCUGGGCCCAAACAACCCACCCAUCUCUUGGUCCCCCUUUUCUGACACCCUGGUUCCUGCUCUCUGAGGACUCAGUCUAACUUUAAAAAAUUAUUUUAACAGCUUUGUGAAGAUGUAAGUCACAUGCCAUAAAAUUAACCCAUUAGAAGUGUACAGUUCAGUGUUUUUUAGUAUAUUCACAGGGUUAUACAACCAUCACGAUCUAAUUUUAGAAAUCUUUUCAUCCCCCUAAAACUCCAUACCCCUCAGCUCUCACUCCCUAUCACCUCCAACCCCAACUCUUUUCCCUCAGCCUUAGUCAGUCACUCACCUACUUUCUAUGUCUCUGGAUUUGCCUAAUAUGGACAUUUCAUGCAAAUAGAAUCAUACCAUAUGUGGUCUUUUGUAACUGGCUUCUUUCACUUAGCAUAAUGUUUUCAAGGUUUAUCCAUGUUGUAGCACAUAUUUCAUUCCUUUUUAAUGUCAGUUAAAAUUCCAAUGUAUGGAUAUGCCACUUUAAAAAAAUCUAUUUACCCAUUAAUGGACAUUUGGGUUUCCAUUGUUUGUCUAUUGUGAAUAAUGCUGUUAUAAACAUACACGUACAAGUUUGGGUGGACAUAUUUUUCAAUUCUCUUGUGUAUGUAUCUAGGAGUGUAACUGCUGGGUCAUUUGGUAACUAUGUUUAGCCAUUUGAGGAACUGUCAGACUUUUCCAAAGUGGUGUCACCUUUUUACGUUCCCACCAACAAUGUUCCAAUUUCUCCAUAUCUUCACUGAUGUUAUUAUUACCUGUCUUUUUUAUUAUAGCCAUCCUAGUGAGUGUGAAUUUGUGGUUUAGGUUUGUAUUUCCCUGAUGGCAAAUGAUGUUGAACAUCUUUUAGUGUGCUUAUUGAUCUUGUGUGUAUCAUCUUUGAGCAAAUGUCUAUUCAAGUCCUUUGCCCAAUUUUUUAUUGGGCUGUUUGACAUUUUGCUGUUGAGUGGUAAGAGUUCUUUAUGUAUUCUAGAUAAAGGUUCCUUACGACUUGCAAAAACUCUUUCCCACUGUGGGUUGUGUUUUUUCUUCCUUAGUGCCCUUUGAAACAUAAAAGUUUUUAAUUUUGAUGAUGUCCCAUUUAUCUUUUUUUUUCUUUUGUUGCCUGUGUUUGGAGAUCCAUAUUUCAGAAGCCAUUUCCUAAUCCAAUGUCAUGAAGACUUAUGCCUAUGUUGUCAUCCCCUCCCCAUCCAAGAGUUAUAACUUAGUUAUAAACUUACAAGCUUAAAAUUUAUAAAGGUUUUUAUAAGAUAAAGCUUUAUAGCUAAAAGCUCUCACAUUUAGGUCUUUGGUCCAUUUUAAGUUAAUUUUUGUCUAUGGCUUGAGGUAAGAGUCAAAUUUAAUUCUUUUGCAUAUGGAUAUCCAAUUGUCUCAACACCAUUUGUUAAAAAGACUAUUCUUUCUCUAUUGAAUUGUCUUGACCUUGUUUGAAAUAAACUAUGUGAAUAUGAGGGUUUAUUCCUGGACUUCCAUUUUUAUUUUAUAUGUAUACUUUUCUUUAUGCCAGUACCACACUGUUUUGCUUACUGUAGCUUUGUAGUAAGUUUUAAAAUCAGGACCUGUGAGUCUUCCAACUUGUUCUUCUAUUUCAAGAUUAGUUUGUUUUCCUGAAUCCCUUGCAUUUCCAUAUGAAUUUUAGGAUCAGCUUCUCAAUUUUUGCAAAAAAGCAGAGGAAACCAGUGGGGAUUUUGAUAGGGAUUGUCUUGAAUCUGUACAUAAAUUUCAGGUGUAUUGCCAUCUUAACAAUAUUAAAUUUGAUCCAUGUAUAUGGGAUGAUUUUUAGUUUCUUUAGGUUUUUCAUGUCUUUCAACAGUGUUUUAUAGUUUUCAUUGUAUAAAUCUUACUCUUCCUUUGUUAAAUUAUAUCUACAUAUUUUAUUCCUUUUGUUGCUAUUUUAAAUGGAAUUGUUUUGUUUCAUUUUUGAAUUGUUCAUUGCUAGUGAUAAGAAAUACAAUAGAUUUCUGUACAUUAUACUUGUAUUCUGCAACCUUGCUGAACUAGUUUAUUAGCUCUAAUAAUUUUU